UUGAGUUCUGAAACGAGUAGAAUAUUUCUUUGUAGCCAAUAAAAUGAAAUACUUUGUUUUUAUAUAUUUGGCGGCGUCGGUGUCAGCCAGUUUUAGCGACGAUUUCUUCCAGAUCCUGGCCAAGGAGGAUGCUGAAAAAAAUAUAGUCUGCUCGCCUCUGUCCCUCGAAAUUGUAAUGGCCAUGACUUAUAUGGGAGCCAAGGGGAAUACAGCCAAGGAACUGCAAACUGCUCUAAAGCUUCCUGAGGAUAGAAACGAAGUGGCCAAAAAAUACAGGGAGUUCUUCACGAAUCUCGAAGGACGUGAGAAGGACGCUAUUCUUGAACUGGCCAACCGAAUUUAUGUCAAUAAUCAGUUGGAAUUAGUGCCAGAGUACAAUAAGAUUGUGGCUGACUCCUUCAAAGCCGAGGCAGUGCCUAUUAACGUGGACAAAAAUGCAGCAGCGAAUAUUAACUCUUGGGUCUCUGGGCACACACGGAACAAAAUAACUGAAAUUGUUUCUCCUGGAGAUAUCGAUUCAGGGCUAUUGGCGGUGGUUAUAAAUGCCAUUUACUUCAAAGGCCAAUGGAAGCAUAAGUUCGAUAAAACACGAACUAGACUGGAAAACUUUCGCACUUCUUCGAACCAAAUAGUUCCUGUCGACAUGAUGACUGCGAAUGGUUACUUCCUUGCCGAAGAGUUACGCGACUUAGAUGCGAAGGUUCUUGAACUUCCGUAUCGAAACUCGAGUCUUUCCAUGAAAAUCUUCUUGCCAAACAAAAAUGACGGCCUCAGUAAAUUGGAAAGGCAGAUCCAAAGCUUCGCUAGACCCCUUAACCGUAUAAAGGUCAAUGUGAAAAUUCCAAAAUUUAAAGUUGAGUUUUCAAAAUCCCUCGAAUCCCUUCUAAAAAAGUUGGGGAUCACCACAGCAUUUAGUUAUGUUGCCGACCUAAGUGGCUUGGUUUCUGCCAAAGCACGCGUCAGUAAAGUAGUUCAGAAAACGUUUUUGGAGGUGAACGAGGAAGGUGCUGAAGCGAGUGCCGCAUCAGCCGUGAGUAUAGUUUUUAGGGGGGGAUAUGAAAUGGACUUUCAUGCCGACCAUCCUUUUGCCUUUACCAUUGGCGAUGGAAAUACCAUUUACUUCCAAGGACAUUAUGUUUCACCGGCUGUGGAAAUCAAAAAUCGUUGAUUUUAUGCAUAAAUCUAAAGCAACAAGCUCAUUAAAGUAAUUGGAAGACUAA